AUGGCUCUCUCAAACCCGACUACACAAUCCAAAUGCAUUACUGAAGAAGCUUACACUUGGAGUGAGGCGAACAACUGUUACAUAUUCCCAAGAUUUGGUUUGGGAUUGGUCAUGAUUGGCACUAUUCGUGUGCACAACGACAUGCUUUUAGCAGCUUCAAAAGCGUUGGCCAGUCAAGUAACUGAGGAGCAUUAUGUCAAGGGGAUAAUUUACCCUCUUUUUGGUAAUAUCAGAAAGAUCACAACUCAUAUUGCUGCUAAUGUUGCUGCUAAAGCGUAUGAACUCGGCGUUGCAACACGUCUACCUCAGCCUACAGAUUUGGUGAAGUAUGUUGAGAAUUGCAUGUAUACUCUGAAUUAUCAUAGUUAUCACUGA